AUGCGGGAGCCGCCUGUCGAAGAGGUUGAGGAGGUACCGGUCAAGACGGUCGAGUCUGUCAACGAAACGCCAGCCGACGAACCUGCGGUCCCCGUCGCACUAAAUGGGACCGUCGAGAUCCCGGAGGAGGAGCCCGUGGGCGAGCUCGAAUCGACCAAGUCGGAUGCACCAGCGCCGGCGAUUGAGCUCCUUGCGACGCCAAGGGACGUUGAGGAAUCCCCAGCCUCAGUCGAAAGCGCCGGAUCCGCUUCUGCGAUUGAGCGUGUCGUGCCCGAGGUCGCCGAUGUGCACGCGGCCGCGGUCGAGGAGAAGCCGGAGGUCCCUGUCGAGGCCGAGGCCGAGCCUACACCGAUCAAACCUGAAGAAUCGGCUGUGGAGGCAGCUCCAGAACCUAGCAACGAAAGUGAGGAAGACCUCACCUCGAAGGAAGAGGAAGAAGUCGAGCCGAUCGCAGCACCUCCCUCACCCCCAGCGCCAGUGGUCCAAGCGCUCAGCACCGAACCCAAUCCCGCUCCACCCGAGGUGGAAAGUCUCGAGCACGCCUUGCCACAACUUUCGCCUGCAUCAACUCCAAAUGAAUCCCUUUCGGACGUCGUCGAGCCACCUACAUCAACGCUCGUUGCGGAGCCUGACCUACGCAAUGCCGAAAUCGAAAGCUUGGCUGUUGAAGAGCCCCAGCCAGAGCUGGAAGUCGUCGCUGAAAAGGUUGAACCCGAACCCGAGCCCGAGCCCGAGGUCAAGUCCGGGCCUGUACUUCAGGAACAGGAGGUCAAGAUCGAGCCUGAAGUGGCGCCCGAGGUUCUACCAGGAAUCAAGACGGCGGAGCCAGAGAUCGCGGCGUUAUCCGAGGUCAAGUCCGACCCCGAGGUGACCAUCUCUGAGCCCGAGAAGCCGCUUCCUGUUCCCGUAACAGAAACAGAGCCAGAGCCGUUUGUCGCCAAGGAAGAGGAGGCGCUAGACGUCGAACGCGAGGAGGCGCUAGCAGUACCCAUCGCGGCGAGAGUGGGAGAGCCGUUUGUCAUUGACGCUGCGCCAGUAUCAGAGCUGGAGAGCAAGUCCGAAGAGACGGCCCCUCGAGGUGCUGCGGAUGGGGCUCGAUUAGCAGGUUAGUGAGAGAGCCUCCAGUGAUAUCGUCAUUUAGAAAGCUGACCUCUCUCUUGCUACAACUUGCAGAACUCACCUCGGCCCAUGAUCGACUGUCGACGCUCAAGUCUUCUUUGGACAAGGUCGUCACAACUCUCUUCCCGGCCCUCACGAGCGGUAUCUCGGAUGUCGGCGCAUUCGAGGGACAUGUCCGAGGGCUUCAAACCAAAGCCGAGAGCUCGACUGCGGAAGUGGACAAGUUGAACGGUCAGCUGAAGCGUGAGUCUCUGCAGCUUUUCAGUUCAAGGAAAUCAAGUAUCUAAUCAUUUUUUCGCUUCGCUUUAUCGUGCGCAGAGCAAUCGGAUCGGAUAGAGGAGCUGCGCGACACGCAUCGCCUCGAGCAGCAAUCAUCCGUCGCCGACCUUGAUGCACUUCGGGAUUCACUCGACACCAAAGACAAGCUCAUCGCUUCCCUCGAAACUCGCUUGACCCACGCAACGUCCUCAUCGCAAGAUGCUCAGUCACUCGCUUCGCGCCAAAAUGACGAGUACAGCAAGCUCAAGCUCAUCGCCAAGGAGGAAGAAGAGAAGCGCGUCAAGGCCCUGUCGUUGCUACGCGCUUUGAGGCAAAAGCUGGUCAAGGCCGAGAAGGACAAGGAGAUUGCCGAAGGGGAACGGGACACGGCCAAGGCCGAUCAGGACCGUGCGAAUGAAACGCUCAAAUCCGACCGCGCGAGAUUCGACCAAGAAGUCAUUUCCCUGCGUGCAGCGCAGGAGUUGCAGUUGAGCAAGAUGCGAUCGUCGUUUGACCGCGAGGUCGCUUCGUUACGACAACAGCACGAGAGGGACUCGGCGGCGAAAAAGUCGCAGGCCGAGUUGGACGUCAUCACGCUCAAGGCUGCGCAGGCUAAGGAGAUUGCGUUGCGCGACGCGAGGAUCAAGGAGCUCGAAGAGACCGUCAAGGGUGUGACAGGGUCAAGGGACGAGACAUUUGCGCAGGCGCAAGCGCGAGCGGCCGAGUUGGAGGCGCGUGCCGCGAGUCAGAUGAGCAUCGAGUCGCAAAUGAAGGAGCUCGAAUUCGAGGUCAGCGAACUGCGCGAUCGCAAUGCCGCGCUUGUGGACGAGGUCGAAACGCUACGCAAGCAGCAGCGCGACGUCUCGAGGGACGAGGGUGCGCAUCGUCGCGCGCUCGCUGACGCCGAGGCUCGACACGAACAGAAGGUCAAGGACCUCGAGACACGAAUUCGCGAACUGGAAACGGAUCGUAUAGAAACGGACGAGGACUGGGGCCGCAACCUGCAGGAACGACUCAAGGAAGUCGAACGCAUGCGGUUGGCAAUGGCGCAGAAAGACCUUGACUACGCCGAGUCGGUGCAUCGGAUGAACGAUCGCGAGACCAAGAUUGAGGCAGGGGAGAAGCAGAGGAAGGAAUUGGCAGCGCAGCUGUUCGAGGUCGAGGGGUUGCUCAAGGCGCUCAGGGACGAGAAUGAGAAGCUUGACCAAGCUGAGGUAAGCUCAGAGGACGGAGCGCAAGGGGAAGUUGGCUAAUCGCUGCUGUCACUUAUCGCACAUUCUAGGCCGCCGCUCGUGAAGAGUUGAACGACAAGGUUGAUCGAAUCACGGCGCUCGAGAACCGUGUCGAAGAGUUGCAAAACAAGGAGUCAUCCUUGCGCUCGAGCCAUAAGGUGCGAGCGACUGGGGGCGCGAACCGGGUGCCUCAUUGCUGAUGGUAAUCUCCUCUUGCACUGCGCACAGGCUUUGCGCGAGGAGCUUCGCAAGCUGCAAUCCGGGGUUCUGCUCUCGGAGAAACAGCGUAAUCCAGGCGUCGGCUUCUUUUCGAGCUUCAAUCAGUCUUCAACCCCGGUCGCGACGGAUGGGACCCUCCAAUCGCCGCAGAUUGGAUCGCCUCCUUCGACGAUCUCCACGCGCAGCGGACCGGCGCCGAUAGGAGGUGACGAGGCGCUUAACUUUGAGUACAUCCGGAACGUGAUCCUGCAGUUCCUUGAGCGACCCGAAAUGAGGGUAAGUCAUUUGCGUGAUGAUGUGCGGGGAUGUUGACUGAUUUCAGAUCGCUCCUCACGCUUACCAACAGCCGCAUCUGGUCGGAGUAUUGGGUGUGAUCCUGCAUUUCACACCAGCCGAAUCUAGACGAUUGGCUGCGAAGGCGGGAUAG